CCGACUGGUUACGACGAGACGUGCAAAAAUGCAAUGUUUACAAAUAAUCUGACCCAGUUAUUGUCGUUAUAAAACUCGAAAAUCAUGGCACUUCGAGGUGGAAAAGUUGAUUUUUUGGUGCUAGGAGGAGGAGUUGGUGGUUUGUCAGCCGUAUUCUACCUGCAACGUUUACUGGCUGCUGCUGAGACGGGAAACAGCAAAGACACUCAAGAAAACCCAACCAGUAAAAAGAAGAUAGCGUUACUUGAAGCCACAUCUCAUCUCGGCGGCUGGUUGAACACAACACGAACCAACGAGGGCAGCAUUCAUGAAGCAGGCCCCAGAAGUAUGAGGCCCCAGGGAAUCGUAGGGAAAAACUCAUUAAAUCUGGCAUCGACCCUCGGACUAACAGAUGAGGUUGUAUCUGUUCUUCAUUCCCAUCCUGCCGCUCAGCGACGGUUCGUCUACACUCGAGGUAAACUUCAUCAACUCCCCUCUAGCCUCGGUACACUGCUCAGGAGACAGGAGCCCUUCUCCAGGCCGUUGGCCUUUGACCUUGCCAGAGAGAUGCUUGUGAAGAGGUCAAAGGUUGAGGAUGAGACAAUGUACGAGUUUGGCCUGCGACGAUUUGGAAAAGGGAUUACAGAAAAUCUUUUGGACCCAUUUUGUCGAGGAAUCUUUGCUGGGAAAUUGUCCGAGUUGAGUGUCCGCUCCUGUUUCCCUCCACUGUUUAAUUUUGAAAGAAAUUACAGCUCAGUCAUUCUAGGAGGUCUACUUGGACGAGCAAGUACUGAUCCAACAGUAGGAGCUUCUGACCUCGUUCAACGAGCCAAAAUGGAGAAGUGGUCAGUUUGGUCUCUCAAAGAUGGUCUACAACGCUUGACAGACAGGCUUCAUGAGGUGGUCAGUGAGCAGGCCGGAGCUGAGGUUCACGCACAGACGCCUUGCACCAAGAUUGAAUUUAUACCAGACCCAAAUGCCACACAUCAAAAGAUUGCCAUGGUACACACCUCCGAUGCCGUGUGGGAGACAGACAGGUUGAUCUGUGCAUUACCUGCAAGAAAUCUGGUUGAAGUACUUCCCGUUGAUCUUGACCCGCUGUCCGACCAUCUACAAGAUGUAAAUAGUGCCACUGUGGCCGUUAUUAAUCUGGAGUAUGAGGGCUCACAUCUUCCGACUGAGGGAUUUGGUUACCUGGUUCCUUCUCAUGAGCGAUCCAACGUUCUUGGAGUGAUUUUUGACUCGUGCGCAUUCCCUCAACAUGACAGACCGGGGCCAAAGACUACUAGAAUAACUUGCAUGAUGGGAGGGGCGUGGUUCCGUGAACUCUUUGGUGACCCCGACAAGGUGGACCCUGAGUGGCUAGCCUCCGUUGCCAUGGAGACACUGAAAAGCCAGAUAGGACUCGUUGCCAAGCCGACAUAUUGCAAAGUAAACCUGUCUCAGGAUUGUAUACCUAACUAUCGAGUCAACCACCACAGACUUUUAGAUAACAUGACUUCUUACAUAGAGGAUCAGAACCUUCCACUCACUCUGAUUGGAGCGUCGUACAAAGGCGUAAGUGUCAACGAUGUCAUAUACAACUCGAGGCUGGCUGCCCAACGUCUAGUUCCUAAUGGUCACCUCAUAGUGUAGUAUGAUAAACCAGAACAGACUGGUUAAAUCAUCUAAAGCAACGUCCAAGAGCAAGUUCAGGUGAGGGACUAGACUAACCAGAAACCAUAGAGCACAGGGUGCAGCCAUCUUGAAUUUUCUUAUUGAUAUCAAUGUUACCAAACUGGAGGCUGGAAGAACAAGAUAGUCUGGUUCCUAUUUGCAAAAUGGUUAUUAGCAUUCAAUAUUGUUAUUUGCCACGAGGUCAUGACCAAGAUGGAGGCAUCAUGAUAAAGGUCUGUAUCAAACCAUGCACUGGAACAUGGUUGUUAUGGUAAAUUCGAGAGCUACGCCACAGUUUCUGGUCAAGUCUAGUCUCUCACCCGAAUUUGCUCCAAAUUUAAAGGAACACGUUGCCUUGGAUCAGUUGAGUUGGUCUUUGAAAAGCGUUUGUAACCGUUUGUUAUAAAAUGCAAGAAAUGUUAGAA